GGCCACGGCCCAAGUGGGUCCAUGGUGUCCAGACGAGAUCGACGACCUAGUGCGUGAGGUGACUGUCUUCUUGCAGCACAGGGCUUCCGUGCUGCUGGUCUCCCAGGAGCAGCCACCCUGGGACUUGCCAGCCGCAGAUGGAGGGGAGAACAAACGCCAACGAAUCGAGGCCCUCAUUAAAGAGGGCACCGGCGGGCACACGUGGGAGGCCCACCCCACUGCCAUCGCCUCCGCGGCGUGCGUGGUUUGCGGGCUGUGCAUAAAGCAGCUCAUGCCCUUGUGGCGUUUCGACCGCAUAGCCGCCCACCCCUGUCGGCACACGGAGAGCCCCAUUCCAGCUGAGCUGGAA